AUGUGCUGUGGAAACGAUCAACUCGCCCAAAUCAAAUUCCGCCAGGUCUCAAACCACUUCCCGGUCCAAAAGCGACUAACACGGUCUGGAGGUCUUCCUAUCAUCGGCUCUGUUCAUGAAAUUCCAGAGAAGUUAGGAUGGAUCAAAUUUGCGGAUUGGGGAAAGGAGUAUGGUCCAAUAUACCAGACUAACCUUGCUGGCAAUAACCAUGUUUGGAUAUCGACAGACGAGGUUGCCCGUGACCUCUUGUCAAAGAAGUCCGCUAUUUAUUCCAAUCGGCCUCACAUCCCAGCGCUUAUCGAUGACAAUCGCUCGAGCGCACAGUAUCUGCCGCUGCUGACCCGAAACGAUAGUUGGAAUCGCCAGCGCAAGUUCGCCAGUCAUAUCAUGCGCGAUUCCGAGAAACACAGCUUCCACCAUUACCCGGAGCUAGAAUCAAUUCGCCUAUGUAAAGAGCUUAUGGAUGAUCCGUUGCGGUAUAAUCAUGCGCUGGAAUCCUUCAUUUCUCGUGUGACCUGUCGUCUUGCUUGGGGGCAUAGCGAAGCGGCAGACGAGCUUAAGCAACGAGCUCGCGAACUACUCAUUGGGGUCUCUCCAACUGGAGCGCUCGGAAACAAACUCCCCUUCGUUAUGGCACUUCCUGACUGGCUUUCUCCCGCCAAAGCUUGGGAGCGACGUCGCGCAAAAACCGAGCGAAAGUUCUUUCAAAUAAUGCAGAGCACUGUUCUCCGAGAGAUGGACGAGAGGCGCGCUGCCCCAUCUUGGACCAAACUGUUCUACGAUGACCCAAAGCGACACGGAUUUACUGGAGAACUUGAGGGAGCGUAUGCUGUGGGGAUGCAUGGUAUUGCCGGUGCAUUGACGAUCGCCGCUCCGAUGCAAUCAUUCCUUCUUGCCAUGUGCCACUACCCGCAAUAUCUCCCAAUGCUGCAGGAAGAGCUGGAUCGCGUUUGUGGAGACCGUCUGCCAACCAACGCUGACAAGCCGAAUCUACCAUUUUUAAGGGCUUGUAUCCGCGAAUCCAUUCGGUGGCGCCCUCCAGUGCCAACAGGUAUCCCACACGCUCUUGCUGAAGAUGACGAAUACAAUGGCCACUUCAUUCCCAAGGGCUCUGUUAUACACCCGCUUGAAUGGUCAAUUUGCCGAGACCCUUCCAUCUUCCCGGAACCUAACGAGUUCAACCCCUUGCGAUGGGUGAAACCCGAGUAUCCAACCUAUAAGGAGCCACUGACUCAGUAUCCCAUUCUGCUGAACAUGACCCAGUUUGGUUACGGUCGACGAAUCUGUCAAGGCCAGACGGUCGCUGAAGCAGACAUGUGUGCCGGGAUCGCUGCCAUGGCCUGGCUCUUCGACAUCUCCAAAGCCGAUACAGGGCUCAGCACGGAUGAUUCUGAAGACCUUACCGGCUCAGAGUCCGAAACGAAUGAACAGGCGACGAUCAAGCCUGUCAAGGAGCUCCACCCCAUGGGAAACAAUAAAGCAACUAUCUCUAGUGAAGAGCUGAACACAGGUCUUUCAGCGCACUCCUCGGAUGACGAAGACGCAGACGUUUUGUCUAUUCGCCAGCGUCUUUCAGUCCCCGGCUCUUUCCCACAUCCAACAGAGCAGGAACUCCGUGACGCCGCACUUGCAACUCGACAGAAGAAGCGCGAGGCUAGGCUCAGGGCCAAAGCGCAAGCAGAGGAUCCAACGCUCAUUUUCACGACCCUCCUCAUCGCGAAGCCACUGCCGUUCAAAUUCAGCAUGAAGAUCCGCAGUGAGAAACGCGCGGCAUACAUCCGGCAACUGUUUGAGGAGAAGCGGUCAAUGGGGGAGUUCGUCCCUGAGGCGGAGUACUGGGGUUCGGACCAUGGAAAAGGCCAAGAACUUGGCUGGAACAAGGUCUAGCCAUCGUUUUCAUACAUCUACCUUGUUCGGAAUGCCGUGGAGAUCGAGAGGAUCCAGUGUGCAAUAUCCUGGGGUUUUUGCUCAUACAUUGGCUGGCAUUUUAUUAUGAUUGCGGACUGGAUCGAUUCUUACUAGGUAGAUGUGACUUUAAGGAAUCAAAUGUGCGUGUCCAAAGAAAGAG